AGGUCACCCUGCUGUCACUGUCACUCAGACCCUGGCAGUGCUCCCGGUGAAGAUGGAGGCGGCUGCUUUGCUGCAGCUCUGGGCUCUGGCAGCCCUGGCCCUGGGGGGCACCCAAACCGUCCUGGGGGGCUCCCAGCCCACCCUCCCUGACCACCGCGUCUCCCUUGAGACUGGAGCCAUCUUUGUCCAUGAGCUGGAGCAGGAGCUGUUCCAGGCGGCCUUCAGUGAGAGCGAGGAGGAGGAUGGAUCCUCCCCCAUCACCUUCCAUGCCCAUCUCCGGGAUCACCCCGACCUGCCCCGCUGGCUGCGCUGUGCCCAACGUGGGCCCCAUAGCUCAGCAUUCCUCUAUGGCAGCCCCACGGCGGCGGAGGUGGGCACACAUAUCAUCGAGGUGCUGGCAUCCAACCGACUCACCUACGAGACAGCAGCGCAGCGGCUCAUCAUCUCCAUCACCCCCUCUCUAGAGGGGGAUCCGCCGUAUCAAGGUGAGUUCCUGGUGGGGAACCGCAACGUGGAGGAGCUGCUGCCUGAUGCGGUGCAGGAGCAGUUUGUGCAGGCGGCGUCUGCUGUAUGGGAUCAUCACGACGUCCACAUCAUCAACAUCACCUCUGCGCUGGACAGGGGGGGCCGCGUCCCGCUGCCCAUUGAGGGGCGCAAAGAGGGGGUGUAUGUGAAGGUGGGCUCCCACGCUGCCUUCUCCCCCUGCCUGGAGGCUGCCAGCUCCCCGCAGAGCCGCUUCCUUUGCCAUCUGGGCCAGCAGCCCCUCGCGUCCUGCUAUGACACCUUCGCACCCCACUUUGCCAUCCUAUGGUGUAACCUCACCCUGCUCCAAGUGCUGCCCACCCCCACGGCACCAGGACCCGUGUGGGGUCCCGGGGUGUUGGAAGGGAGUGGAGAUUUCCAGCCCCCCACCACGUCCCCCCCCCAGGAUUUGCUGCCUUCUUUCCUGCUGACGUUGCUGGUGCCGUUGGCGGUGGCUGCGUUGCUCUGCGUGGUGCUGGGACAUCUCAUGUGCUGCCGUCGGGAGGGAGUGGCAAAGAGGGACUUGGAGACGUCUGACAUCCAGCUGGUGCACCACACCACCAUCCACGGGGACACCGAGGAGCUGAGGAGCAUGGCCCACAGCCGCGACGUCCCCCGGCCCCUCUCCACCCUCCCCAUGUUCAACGUGCGCACAGGGCAGCGCAUCAACCCCAUGGUGGGACCCCCCGAUGGGGCACGGGACCCCCUGAUCCCACAGCAGCGGUAACAGGCAGCGUGGCUCUGCCCCCCACCCCAAAAGAAGAGGUUGCUGUGAGUUGCUGUUGGGGUUGGGGGGGGUUGAAUUUUGCUGGUAAAGUUUGGCUGUUUGCAAUGA